AUGUGUCUGUCGCCGACUCUGGUCGCCAAAGCGUCGUCGUCAUCGAGCCAUUUCUCGUUCGGACCGGCGGCGCACGGCGGAAGCGGUGGGCUAGGCGGCGGCGGAGGAGGAAUCGGCGGCAGCGGAGGCAUCGGCGGCGUUGGCAUCGGCGGCGGAGCAGGAGGAGUCGUAGGCGGCGUCGGAGGCUUUUACGGCGGCGGCGGCGUUAGAUGCGGCGUCGGCCGGACCACGGAGCCGGUCAGGCGGUCCCGGUCGCAAGGCGGCCAACGCAACAAACUGCAGAAGUGCCUGAGCACGGUGUCCUACUCGGACGACGGUCUGGCCGUGGCCAACACCCGGACCACUCUGUACACGGCUGUCGACCGGCACAACCUACUCGCCACCAGACAGUAUUGCAGUUUUGGUAGUACAAAUCGCCUCUAA